UUGUCGCUAGCAUCUAGCGCUGUGGCGUUCAACGUCAACUGUAACAGCAACUACGCCUCAUACUACGGCCAGAACUCUGCUGGAUCCCAGAAGUCCCUCGGCACCUACUGCCAGGAUGCGACUGAAGAUGUCAUUGUUCUUGCCUUCAUGAACGGUUUCCCUAACAUCCUCCUCAACUUUGCCAAUGCCUGUGAGACGACCUUCCCUGGCAGCACUCUGCUGCAUUGCCCUAGCAUGGCUGCUGAUAUCAAGUACUGCCAAUCUCAGGGUAAGGCUGUCGUCCUUUCCAUGGGUGGCGCUUCGGGCGCCUAUGGAUUUUCCAGCGAUGCACAGGCUACCGCCUUUGCUGACACCGUCUGGAACAAGUUCUUCAAGGGUACCGAUUCUCAGCGUCCGUUCGAUGAUGCUGUUCUUGAUGGCAUUGAUCUCGAUAUCGAGGGUGGUGGCGCGACUGGGUACAAAGCGUUCAUUGACCGCAUGCGUUCAUACUAUGCAACUGACUCGAGUAAGCAGUAUUACAUCGCGGCUGCUCCCCAGUGCCCGUAUCCUGAUGCCUACCUUGGUUCCGUGAUGAACAACGCUUGGUUCGACAUGGUCUACGUCCAGUUCUACAACAACUACUGCGGUCUCAAUGCCUACCCCUCGUGGUUCAACUAUGCUGACUGGGACAACUGGGCCAAGACUGUGUCGGUCAACAAGAAUGUCAAGAUCUUCAUUGGCGCUCCAGGCGGCCCAUCUGCUGCCAGCUCAGGUUAUGUCAGCGCAAGCACACUACAAACCAUUUACAACGAUGUUCGUAGCAAGUACUCGAGCCUUGGUGGAAUUAUGACCUGGGAUGUCAGCCAGGGUCGUGCUAGCGGACUUGCUGGCUCAAUUCGCUCGAUGCUCAACUCAGGUGGCUCCUGCAGCUCACCUGGUGGUGGAACAUCUUCCACUCUGCCGCCUAUUAGUACAUCGACUACAUCAACCACCUCUCAGCCCCCAGUCACAUCCUCGACUGCCACACCCAUCACAACUACCAGCACCACUUCGUCUGCUCAGCCUACAUCGACGUCCACUGGGACAUGCCCGGUUAAUGGUGGUGCCUGCACUGGUAACCAGCAAGGG